AUGCGGUCGCGCUCCUACUGCACGCUCAGCAACUGCCGGCGCGCCGUGCUGGCCGUGUGGGUGGCGGCCGCGCUGCUCACGGCGCCGGUCUUCCUCACGCAGGGGACCGAAAGAGUGAUAUAUACUAAUCUAGUCACCAACAUUACGAUCUACCACUGCAACAAGACUGGUUUGAUAUUUGCAGUUUAUCAAUUUGUAAUUUUGUUUGGGGCACCUGGCAUCCUUAUGAUUAUUUGCUACUCCUUCGUGAUUAGAGAACUGUGGCGAAGCACAAGAAACUUACUUGGUUGGGAAAAUUUUAGUUUUGCCGCCAAACCGAAGUUUUCUGAAGCAAAUUGA